UUAACUCCGGGCCUCCUUGGCGCAUCUUUCGGAUUGUAUGUCAAGGACGCAGUCGGGAGAUUAUAAAUAUAAUCGCAUGUUGCCCACAAGCGGGCCACGAGAGGCGCCACUGUCAACCAUGCUGCCGGCGGUCUCAGUGGGGCUUCUCACGCUGUGCAUCACCGCGACCGGUGCUUUCGUGAGCCGAUACAUCACGACUGAAACGCUCAACGGCCACGUUAGGGGUGUCAUCGAGCACGUCGGUGGCGUUGACGUGGCGCUGUACCUGGGCAUCCCGUACGCAGAACCACCCGUCGGUGAGCUACGCUUCCGCAGGCCAGUGCCGGCAAAAUCGUGGCACCCAACGACCCUAGACACGCUGAGCUUCGCCAGUCCUUGCGCCCAAGCCAACGGCUCUUUCCCGCCUUCUCCGUGGCUGGUAAAGAGGGACCAGGUCAGCGAAGACUGUCUCUAUCUGAACGUUUGGAGCCCGCUAGGUAGACCGAAACCACUCGGCGUCCUUUUCUGGAUCCACGGAGGGGGUUACAGGACCGGGACGGCCUCCCAGACCCUCUAUGAUGGCAAGGCCUUGGCCGCCGUGGGGGACAUCGUCGUGGUGUCCAUCAGCUACAGGGUCGGUUCUUUCGGCUUCCUCUACACCGGUCCGGGCUCGUCCAGCGGCAAUUACGCCCUCUGGGACCAGCAUCUCGGCCUUCUCUGGGUACGGCGCAACAUCGCUCGGUUCGGGGGCGACCCUGGCCGAGUGACCGUGUACGGUGAGAGCGCGGGAUCCAUCGGCAUCGGCGCGCAGCUCGUCGCGCCUCGCAACGCCGGUCUAAUUCACCGCGCCAUUAUGGCCAGCGGAAGCAACUACUGGCUCGUGCCGCCGCAAAACGCCGUGGGCCACGCGUACGCGGACCGCAUCGCCAAACACGUUGGCUGCCUGGAUGAUUCGAAGCCGUCGUCGAAGAAGAAUCCCAAGCAGGUGGUCGAGUGCCUCCGCUCGGCGCCCGUCGACAAGAUCAUCGACGCGGAAGAAACACAGUUUCCCGCAGAGAUAGUGACCUUCACGCCUUCGCACGGUGACGAUUACCUUCCGCUGCCGGAGGUGGACGCCAUAUCCAGGGGCCUGUUCAUCCCUCUGGAGAGCAUCCUCGGAGGAGCGACGACCGAAGAAGGCGGCGUGUUCCUCUACUUCCGAGUCCCGUCCUUCAUAAACUUCACGUCGGCACCGGAGCUGACGAAGCAAGAAGUUGUAGACUUACUUUCACGGCGCUACCUGGGCUUCCUGCCCGAAGAGACGCGGUCGAUGAUCAUCGACGGUUACUUGCGCCGCGUACCCGGUGUCUCGGACUAUAGCGGGAACCUGAAAGCCAUGAUGGACAUUCUGGGCGACUACCUGGCCUUCUGCCCGACCAGGUUCUACGCUGAGGCGUUCGCCAAGACGAACCGUCCCGUGUACUUCUACAUGCACGACUACCGGUACGAACGCGGCUUCUGGCCGUCCUGGAUGGGCUCCACUCACUACGCGGACCUCCAGUUCACGUUCGGAAUGCCAUACCGAUUUCCCGAGCGCUACUCGGAUGCGGAUCGCGAGCACAGCAGAACUUGUAUGCAAGUUAUCGGCUCGUACGUCAACACAGGGAAUCCGUCGGCGCCGGGAGUCGGCGAGUGGCCUGCGUUCACCAAGGAGCAGCCGCUGCACGUCUUCAUGCGCGCCGUUAAUGCGAGCAUCGGAUCAGACUUCCACGGUGAAGGAUGCGACGUGUACCGCAAGGUCUACAAGGCGCUGGGCCUCCCAGUGCCCUGAGGCGCACGGCUGUAACCUGCGCGUCUUACUGCGGUCGCAAUCAUUCGGGAAAAAGAAAAGGAUGCGCGUAGUGGUAGUACGCGCUUAGAGUCUCUCUCGUAUGAAAAAAAAAGUCUAAAUAUAAAGAAACCUUCGCAUAUGUACGACAAUUCAAACAAUCCAUGCACAGGAGACACCGUUUUUACACCGUUCGGAAGUUCUAUAAGUGUUCGUUUUGCCACCGCCCGCAAUGUAGCCAAGACUUUGCAAAUGUUUUCCCUGAUGUGCAAUUCCUUCGCUAUAGACCAGAUCAUUUUUAAAUGUUUUCGCUAUACCGAGGUUAAUGCUACUGUCUGCACUAUAUUGAACCGGCUCUACCGACCUCGGCGUCUGGCUGCGUGUUCCGGCGGUCUGGUGCGGACGCGUUGCUGGCUCUUAUUGAUAAACUCACCAUCACCCACACCGGCAUCGAGCUGCGCAUUCUCACCGACGCGCUGGUCAUAACGGCCCGUUCGGAGUUCCGACGGAGGCUGCCAUGCCGGAUGUUGUUUGAUUUACGUGCUCCGGAUCUGGAGCAAAAUAAAUAUUUACCUAUCUCUCUUU